UCCGCUCUGUGACCUUGGCCGGCGAGCACCUGUUUCCCAAGCGAGCGGCAGACGGCGGCAACUGCAGCAGCAUUCCUCAGCCCGCCUGCCUGGUCGCGAACUCUCCGCUUCUGCCGCCCGAAGUUUGCUGCCGCCGCCGCCGCCGGCCCUUCCACUUCCCAUUGGCCAGGGCGCACUGUGGACCCGGCCGAGCAGGCGCUGGAAGUGAAGGCGCGCGGAGGAGAAGGUCCUUGGGGCUCAGUAGCGGCGGGAGGCGCUGGCUGGUGGUUUCGGCCCCGUCCCGAUCGCAGCAGUAGGAGGCUGCUGAACUUCAGGCGUCUCGGGCGCCGGAGCGAAGGCGGCCGCUAACUGGAGGGCUCGGGCGAAGCGGGACGCCCCACGGCCCCUCUGGCUGGAGCAGCGGCUGUAGGCGGAUCGCCGCUCUGCUCCGCUUGGCCCGGGCGGGCGCUCCUAAGCGCUCGGGGCGCGCUGCAGAAGAGCCGUCCGACCGCGCUGCCAGCAGUGCCGCAGAACAGGGCUCCCUGUCGAAAAGAUGGUUCUUUAUUUGGACUGGUUUGUUCAUUUCCUACUCGCAUUUUUGUGCCAUUGGAUAGACAUAACUUUAUCCCUGAACCUUGAGGACCCAAAUGUGUGUAGCCACUGGGAGAGUUAUUCUGUUACAGUGCAAGAAUCUUAUCCACAUCCUUUUGAUCAGAUUUACUAUACCAGCUGUACAGACAUAUUGAACUGGUUUAAAUGCACACGACACAGAAUCAGUUACCGUACUGCCUACAGACAUGGAGAAAAAACUAUGUACCGACGGAAAUCUCAGUGUUGCCCUGGAUUUUAUGAAAGCAGGGAAAUGUGCAUCCCUCAUUGUGCUGAUAAAUGUGUCCAUGGCCGUUGUAUUGCUCCAAACACCUGUCAGUGUGAGCCUGGCUGGGGUGGACCCAACUGUUCCAGUGCAUGUGAUAGUUUCCACUGGGGACCCCACUGCAGUAGUCGCUGCCAGUGCAAGAAUGGAGCCUUGUGUAACCCCAUUACUGGAGCUUGCCACUGUGCUGCUGGAUUCAAGGGAUGGCGCUGUGAGGAACACUGUGACCAAGGGACCUAUGGAAAUGACUGCCAGCAAAAGUGCCAGUGCCAGAAUGGAGCCAUCUGUGAUCAUGUGACUGGAGAAUGCCGAUGCUCUCCUGGAUAUACUGGAGCUUUCUGUGAGGAUCUUUGUCCUCCUGGUAAGCAUGGGCCACAGUGUGAAGAAAGAUGUCCAUGCCAGAAUGGAGGAGUAUGUCACCAUAUAACUGGGGAAUGUGCCUGUCCUCCUGGAUGGAUGGGCACAGUCUGUGGUCAGCCAUGUCCAGAAAGCCGUUAUGGAAGAAACUGCUCCCAAGAAUGCCAGUGUCACAACGGAGGUACUUGUGACUCAGCAACAGGCCAGUGUCACUGUAGUCCAGGUUACACAGGAGAACGGUGCCAAGAUGAAUGUCCAGUUGGAACUUUUGGAGUACAGUGUGCAGAGACGUGCCAAUGUAUGAAUGGUGGAAAGUGCUAUCACAUUAGUGGUGUAUGUCUCUGUGAGCCAGGAUACACUGGAGAACGUUGUGAAAUAAGGCUGUGCACCGAAGGUGUUUACGGUUUCAAAUGUGAUAAAAAGUGUCCCUGUCAUUUGCCAAAUACUCUCAGCUGUCACCCCAUGUCUGGAGAAUGCUCCUGCAACCCAGGCUGGUCUGGAUUGUACUGUAAUGAGACAUGUUCUCCGGGAUUCUAUGGUGAAUCUUGUCGGCAAAUCUGCAGUUGCCAAAAUGGUGCUGACUGUGAUAGUGUGAUUGGAAAAUGUAACUGUGCUCCAGGUUUUAAGGGUUCUGACUGUUCUAUUCCAUGCCCUCUUGGAACAUAUGGAUUAAAAUGUUCUUCUACAUGUACCUGCAAAAAUGAGGCUCUCUGUUCCCCAGUGGAUGGUGCUUGUACUUGCAAAGCAGGUUGGCAUGGAGUAGAUUGCUCUAUCAGCUGUCCUAGUGGAACAUGGGGUCUUGGUUGUAAUUUAACUUGCCAGUGCCUUAAUAGAGGAGCUUGCAACACUCUGGAUGGGACAUGUACUUGUGCUCCAGGAUGGAGAGGAGAAAAAUGUGAACACCAUUGUCAGGAUGGUACUUAUGGGUUAGACUGUGCUGAGCGUUGUGACUGCAGCCAUGCAGAUGGCUGCCACCCAACCACUGGCUACUGUCGCUGCCUUCCUGGAUGGUCAGGUAUGCAUUGUGACAGUGUAUGUGCUGAGGGACAUUGGGGUCCAAACUGUUCAUUGCCCUGUUUCUGUAAAAAUGGUGCAUCAUGCUCUCCAGAUGAAGGGAUCUGUGAAUGUGCGCCUGGCUACAGAGGCACUACUUGUCAAAGAAUUUGCUCCCCUGGAUUUUAUGGUCAUCGAUGUAGCCAAGCAUGCCCCCAGUGUGUGCACAGCAGUGGUCCUUGCCACCAUGUGACUGGACUGUGUGACUGCUUACCUGGUUUUACAGGAGCCCUUUGCAAUGAAGUCUGUCCCAGUGGCAGAUUUGGGAAGAACUGUGCAGGAAUUUGCACAUGUACCAAUAAUGGAACUUGUAAUCCAAUUGAUCGGUCUUGUCAAUGUUACCCUGGCUGGAUUGGUAGUGACUGUUCACAGCCUUGCCCUCCUUCCCACUGGGGCCCCAACUGUAUCCAUACAUGCAAUUGCCACAAUGGAGCUCGGUGUAGUGCAUAUGACGGGGAAUGCAAAUGUACACCAGGGUGGACCGGUCUCUACUGUACCCAGAGAUGCCCUUUGGGGUUUUAUGGAAAGGACUGUACAUUACUCUGCCAGUGCCAAAAUGGAGCUGACUGUGAUCACAUCUCAGGGCAGUGUACAUGUCGUACAGGAUUCAUGGGAAAACAGUGUGAACAAAAGUGUCCCCCAGGGACAUAUGGCUAUGGCUGCCGGCAAAUAUGCGAUUGUCUGAACAAUUCAACUUGUGACUACAUCACAGGGACCUGUUACUGCAAUCCUGGAUGGAAAGGAGCAAGAUGCGAUCAAGCUGGAGUAAUCAUAGUAGGAAAUUUGAACAGUUUAAGCCGCACUAGUGCUGCCAUCCCUGCUGAUUCUUACCAGAUUGGAGCAAUUGCUGGUAUCAUUAUUCUUGUCUUGGUUGUCCUCUUCCUGCUAGCACUGUUCAUCAUUUAUAGACAAAAGCAGAAGGGAAAGGAAUCAAAUAUGCCUGCAGUUUCUUAUACACCUGCCAUGAGAGUCAUCAAUACGGAUUAUACCAUUUCAGAAACCAUUCCUCACAAUAACGGUGGAAAUGCUAAUAGCCACUACUUUUCUAACCCAAGCUAUCACACUCUGACACAGUGUUCAACAAUUGCCAACAACAUGGACAGGAUGACUCUGGCAAAGUCAACCAACAACCAGCUGUUCUUGAAUCUUAAAAAUGUGGAUCAAGGGAAGCGAGGACCUCUCAUGGACUACACAGGAACACUGCCUGCUGAUUGGAAACAUGGAGGCUACCUCAAUGAGCUUGGUGCAUUUGGAAUUGAUAGGAGUAUAGGAAAAUCCCUGAAAGAUCUGGUGAAGAAUUCUGAGUAUAACUUAAGUAACUGCUCCUUAAGCAGUUCCGAAAAUCCAUAUGCCACGAUUAAAGAUCCCCCAGCACUUACACCAAAAAAUUCAGAAUGUGGGUAUGUUGAAAUGAAGUCCCCAGCACGCAGAGACUCUGCAUAUGCAGAAAUUAGUAACUCUGGUUCAGCCAACAAGAAUGUCUAUGAAAUUGAACCUACAGUUAGUAUUGUCCAAGGAACAUUUAAUAACAACAAACCUUUCAGCCAAGAUCUUUAUGAUCUACCAAAAAACAGCCACAUUCCCUCCCAUUAUGACCUACUGCCGGUUCGGGAUAGUCCUUCGUCUUCAGAGAAAGACAAUGGCAGUGAAUGACAGGGAGAAUUUUGGAGCACACUGGAACUCUUACAGAGAACUGGGGCCUAGUUAUACUCCUUCCUCUCUUUUGCCAUCUGCAUUCAAGUAGACAUGUUGCUGUAUAUUAACCAGGAGUGUCAAACUAUGACUUGCACAUACAUAUGAUCAAUGGAUAGAUGCCAAGCUGGGAAGACCCUAUUGGAUGUUCUAUUGCAAUUACUUUUUAAAGAGAGAGGCAGAUGCCAGACAUGUUAAUUGCAAGGUACUGCAAUUAAAGAUAUGAGCUUGCAGAACAAUUGUAGUGCCUGGAGUGCUGUGCCUCACAAUGGAUGGCUGGUUCUUUCAGCAGCAUAGUUGACAUGCAGUCAAGAUUAUACAAUCUACCAAAUAUUCACUUAGCCACGUCCUCUGACUUACUAGAUACUUCAGAAAAAAAGAAACUAAUUUGUCAUCACUUUUUAUUAUAUGCUCCAAAUGGAUUAAUGUUGUCCAUGGACAAGACAUGAAAGGAUAUACAGUGUGUUAGAGCAUGACUGGCUGCAGUAAAAGGGAGAUUUGUGAAAAUGAUGGCAAGAUGGCAUUACUUGUAAUGGAACUGUACUGUUGACAUUGUUUAGAAUGCAAGGAAAGCCUUGGAUGAAUAUACCUACAGAGCUGUGACAUGGUAGGCUUUGGCUUCAAUUCUUUCCAAAUUAUUGGCAUUUGAGAUUCAACAGUUCUGGGUACCAUUUCUGCUAUUCACAAGUAGUAAUUCACAACAUAUCAAUAAUUGCUUCUGAAAAGUCAGUACAAUGGAUUUAUUUUUUGGCAAAAAGGACUGAAUAAGUAUGUUAAAAAUGUAGCAUAUGUUGUACAUUUUAAUGUAAGAAAUGGUUUUAUAAACAAGUAGCAUUAUUGUAAUAUGAAAUACAAAUAGUACAAUGUUUAAUUAUUUCCCUGAAAUCAGCUGAGCAGUCUUGGUGCAUUAAUUGCUACAAAGGCACCUUUUCUUUUUAUAAUUGAUUUAGAGGAAAUAUGCUUAAGCUGGUCUUUUGCAUUAUUAAUAACCUGGCACAUUUACUCUAUGUUUCAUUAACAUGUACCUGUUUUUAAAUGAUCUAGCUAUGUUUUCUAGUAUUUCAAAGUAACAGUGCCAAAACAUUAUAUUUUAUGCCCUUUGUAUUUUUGUGAACUCUCUUCCCAACAUUUUAUACAGUUAAGUAGCACUGUUUGUUAUAAAGUAAGAGAUAUUUAGGUAAUGUCAGUUGCCAAACCAGAGAUAGGUUAGAAAAGUGUUCUUAAACCAGGGCUAGACUAUUGGAUUUAGCAAAAAAAAUUAAGAAGAUUUUUAAUGUGAAGGAUGUUUAUAGGAAGAAAGACUAUUAAAUAGAACUCUAUUUCCCAUCUUGAGUUUUAACCAGUUUCUUUGGCUGUAGAGUUUUCAUCUGUUCCAAAGACGUUUAGUGUCUGUUCUAAAUGGACAAUUUAUAGUUAAAUUCUCAUAUUAAAGGUAAAUUGUCAUACAAGCCAUGUCUUAACAUAGAGUUGUUUUGCAGGAUUGGAUUUCCCAUUACUAGUUUAUUCCUAGCUCUGACAGAGAAUUCCUCAAACUAUGAACUGAGCAUAAGUGUUGUCCUUUACAACUUUGCAUUUUAUCUCCAUGUUACAUAUAAAUCCUAAAGCUGAUAAAUCAGGAUGAUUAAGGUGCUCACUGUUGAGCAUGUGAGCAAAAUAUUCCACUUGUGCUCAUCCUGUGUGCAUAUAUAGUCUUCUACUUUUAGUAUCACAACUCUCAUCGAAAAGCCUACAUUCACAAUCUGCAGUAGAGCUUUUAAAUUCAAAGGAAUAAUGUGGUUGCAGUACAACAAAAACAGACUUGACAACACCACUACUGGUAAUAGAAAGGACAGCGCUUUUCUGGAUUCUCAAGGUAGACUGAACAUGCUUUAUUUUGCCUUACUCUGUACCAUUGAAAACAUUUCCUUCAGAAGUCAUUGCCAUAGUUUAACAGUCUUUGGCCAACUGUAUAUUUACCUACCAAAAGAUGUAGGACAUGCAAACAAGACACUGAGUUUCAGAAGUUAAAGCAGCAGAGAUAUCCUCCUGAAGGAUGGAUAUGGUAUGGUGUUUAGAAAUGUAGUUUGACACUGUUUUGUACUGUGUAAUAAAAACUCACAAAUAAAAGCCUAUCUUUUUUGAAA